GAAAAAGUUUGUCUGAGCAAACAGAAGGGAACGGUCCUAGUACUGGACGGCUUGGAGCCCUCACAAGAAUCUGUCUGUAACUUUCUAGAAAACUCCCCAAACAGUACUAGAUAAGUUAGCAGAAGAAUAUGACAAUACUUCUGAGUGUUUUCAGUUGAUUUUGUCGUUGCUAAGCCAGCGGAAUCUUUAAAAAAAUGAAUAAGAACUUGAAGAAUCUGCGGAGCCUCGCGGCGGGGUUGGUGGUCAUAGCACUGUGCGUCGCGGUACAGGAGUCAGAGUCAGCGGCAUGUCAUGGCUGUGCGUCUGGGUCCAAGUGUGACUGCAGCGGAGUGAAAGGAGGAAAGGGCGAGAGGGGUUACCCAGGCCUCCAGGGCCAGCCAGGUGUGCCCGGGUUCCCAGGGCCCGAGGGCCCCGGUGGGUCCAGAGGAGAGAAGGGCUAUGAUGGACCAGGAGGUCCAACUGGUCCAAAAGGAAUCAGAGGACCACCUGGUCUACCUGGAUUCCCAGGAACACCCGGAAUUCCAGGCCUCCCAGGACAAGACGGGGCUCCUGGGCCGAGGGGGACCGCAGGCUGCAACGGCACCAAGGGUGAGCGAGGAUUCCCAGGAACAUCAGGCUACCCUGGAACAGAAGGCCGACCUGGUCCUCCCGGUUUGCCAGGCCAAAAGGGUGACCCAGGUGACGUGAUUUCGUCAGACCGUUUCGGCCAGAAAGGAUCGCUGGGCCUCCCUGGCUUGCCUGGAGUCCCUGGCAACCCCGGCCCCCCUGGAUUGAGCGGCCCUCUCGGUCCACCUGGUCCCAGAGGAAAUGAUGGUCACCACGGCCCUCCUGGCCCUCAAGGACCUAAGGGAAACAUGGGCCUGAAUUUCCAGGGACCCAAAGGAGAGAAGGGGGAGACUGGACUGAGGGGUCCUCCCGGGCCUCCAGGUCAGGUUGGGGAGCAGACAGGACCUAUCGAGUCUGAGAUCCAGAGAGGAGACAAGGGUGACAUCGGGUUGCCCGGCCCUACUGGUGACGUUGGGCCUCCAGGACCGCCUGGCCCCUCAGGUGGGCAGAAGGGAGAGAAGGGAGAGCAAGGAGAAGCUGGAAAACGAGGCAAACCAGGAAAAGAUGGAGACCCUGGUCCUUCUGGGUUCCCCGGUAGUAAAGGAGAAUCAGGAGGUCCAGGCCUCCCGGGUCGUGAUGGAGAGAGAGGGGACAAAGGAGAUCGGGGAUUCCCGGGACCUCCCGGGGUGGUGUUGGGAGGACAAACGUCUAAUCGGGUGGGACCUAAAGGGGAGCCUGGAUUCUCUGGGUCGCCGGGCAGAAAAGGGGACAGAGGCCCUCCUGGUCUCUCAGGUCCUUCCGGACAACCAGGACAGCCAGGUAUAGGAUCUGUAGGCCAGCCCGGCCAGCCAGGGUUCCCAGGAGACAGAGGCCAGAAGGGAGAGGAAGGCCAGCCGGGCAUCGGCCUCCCUGGACCCCCAGGACGGAUUGGCUCCCCUGGGCUGCAGGGUUCUCCGGGGGCCCCUGGACCUCCAGGGAUCUCCAGCGGUGGGGGGACCUGCAUUGGGGGAGCCCCCGGCCGGCCUGGUGUGCAGGGAGACCGAGGUUUCCAGGGGGAAACUGGACAGAAAGGUGAUAAGGGUGACACCUGUGUGAACUGCUUCUCCAACGGCAGCCCCAUCCCCGGCCCCCAGGGCCCCCCCGGCCCCCCCGGGUUCCCAGGAAGCCCUGGAGGACCGGGAGCUAAAGGUGAAAGAGGAUACUCAGGAGGCCCAGGGCUUGUCGGACCUGUUGGUCCUCCAGGCCAGCAGGGGGCGCCAGGUUACCCAGGAGAGAAGGGAGACCCUGGGGACGCCAUCGUGGCUGACGGAGUGAGAGGUGACAAAGGUGACACGGGCUUCCCUGGAUCUCCCGGUUUACCGGGUCUGGACGGCCGCCCCGGUAGAGACGGGGUACCGGGAGCACCGGGACUCAAAGGAGCGUCCGGUUCCCAGCAGGUGAAGGGAGAGCGAGGACCGUCAGGGGAGUCCGGUCUCCCGGGGGGUCCAGGCGACAGAGGACCUUCAGGGAACCCAGGCUUCGGCCCCCAGGGCCCCUCGGGAGAGAAGGGCGUGCAGGGCGUGUCCGGCCGUCCAGGGACUACCGGAGCACCAGGAUCUAAAGGGGAGCCGGGUCAGACAGUGGCAGAGAAGGGCUUCCCAGGACCUUCUGGACAGAACGGAGACCCCGGUUUACCAGGCAGCCCAGGUAACCCUGGACAGCCCGGACAGCCUGGUUUCCCUGGGUUACCAGGAGCCAAAGGAGACCCAGGUCUCUCUGGCAUUGGAUUACCAGGACUCCCCGGUGCUAAAGGUUUCCCAGGCAUGCCUGGCCAGCCGGGCAGCCAAGGCGGGCCAGGCAGACCUGGGGUAGACGGCCUCCCUGGUCAGCCUGGCUUCCCUGGGUCCAAGGGAGAGCCUGGCUUUGGUUCACCAGGUCCCCAGGGCCCUCCUGGGUUCCCAGGGGGUAAAGGAUUCGCCGGGCCCAAAGGAGAUUCUGGGUUCCCUGGCAGCCCAGGGCAACCUGGACGGUCUGGUUUAGACGGCGGACCCGGAGCCAAAGGUGACUCUGGUAUCCCUGGAGGCCCCGGAGCUCGUGGCCCCCCCGGCUCCCCCUCGUUCGGCUCCCAGGGCCUCCCCGGCCCCGCUGGCCCCCCCGGCCCUAGUGGGUCCCCCGGGUUCCCCGGUGGGCCAGGAGCGAAGGGAGACCCUGGCUCCCCUGGCCUGGACAUCCCAGGGUUGCCGGGAGACAGAGGUUCUCCUGGGUUCCCCGGUUCCCCCGGCACGGUGGGUGCUCCUGGAGGACCUGGAGGACCAGGACGUGACGGCCUACCGGGACUGCCCGGUGCCAAGGGAGACAUGGGUGUGAUGGGUUCCCCUGGCCCCUCUGCAGGACCAGGAAGUCCUGGGGCACCUGGCUUCCCUGGACCUAAAGGUGAUGACGGUUUCCCAGGGCGACCAGGUGGGCCCGGAGGCCCUGGCGGGAAGGGAGACAGGGGGGAUUCCGGCCUCCCGGGUGCCCCCGGGCCCGCAGCCCCCCCCUCCGUGGGUUCUAAGGGUUCUAAGGGAGAACCAGGAGCACCAGGGUUCAGUGGAGUGCCAGGCCAGAAGGGGAUCUCUGGUCUCCCUGGUGAACCAGGUAUCCCCGGGCAAGACGGACGUCCAGGUAGUUCAGGACCAUCAGGUCUUAAAGGAGACGCGGGUAUCCCUGGGGGCCCUGGCUCCCCUGGAGGCCCAGGGUUGAAGGGAGCCAUGGGGGAGAUGGGCUUCCCAGGCCCCUCUGGGUUGAAGGGAGCUCCGGGUCAGCCCGGGCGCUCGGGGUCUCCAGGGGGGCCUGGAGCCCCUGGGUUCCCUGGGGCCAAGGGAGACCCCGGCCUGUCUGGAGCAGGGUUCCCUGGAGCAUCUGGACUGAAGGGUGAACCCGGCCAACCAGGAUAUCCAGGGACUCCCGGACAGAAAGGAAAUCCAGGUGGUCCGGGCCUCCCAGGGCUUCCAGGCGGUCCGGGCUCCAAGGGCGACCCAGGCCUGCCAGGAUUCCAAGGUUCUCCCGGUAUUGCCGGUCCGAAAGGUCUGGACGGUGUCCCCGGUAACCCCGGUUCCAGCGGAUCAUCCGGCCGACCGGGAGAGUCAGGUCGUCCCGGUUCACCUGGUUACCCCGGCGACAAGGGCCAAGCAGGUCGGGACGGGAUCCCCGGUCCGGCUGGAAUCAAAGGAGACCCAGGUCUGCCAGGCUUCGGUGGUCCUGGAACACCCGGUGUCCCAGGGAUACCAGGAGCGAAGGGAGAUGUGGGCCUCCCUGGUCUCCCAGGCAGCCCUGGCUUCCCCGGUACCAAAGGAGAAGCAGGGUUCCCCGGCCUCCCCGGUUCCUCUGGCAGUAUUGGGCCCCCGGGCCCUCAAGGGCUGUCCCUCCAGGGGCCCAAAGGGAACCCAGGCCCCUCUGGCUCCCCAGGGCGUGCAGGUCCCUCAGGUCCUCCAGGUCCCCCAGGUCCGGAGGGGCCCCGUGGGCCUGGUGGUAGCGGAGGUGUCAAGGGGGAGAAGGGCAUCCCUGGGGCCUCCGGACAGCCCGGUUUCCCAGGACAGAAGGGAGAUUUGGGAAGCCCCGGGUUCUCGGGUCCUUCUGGUAUUCCUGGUCCCAGCGGUCUGAAGGGAGACGUUGGUCUUCCUGGCGUCCCCGGAUUCCCAGGGCCAAAGGGGGAGUCCGGCACGCCUGGAUCGUCCGGUGCCCCUGGAGACCGCGGAGACGCCGGAAAUCCUGGUCUGCCAGGAGACUCGGGGGUCGCUCCAGCCCCCAUCGUGGUGAAGGGGGAGAGGGGCCCCCCAGGCAUCCAGGGCCAGCCUGGAGAGAGAGGUCUCCCUGGAGGCCCCGGACGGGAGGGACUUAAUGGCCAGCCAGGUAACCCAGGGGACCUGGGCCCCGAUGGUCCCCCAGGAUUCAGUGGAGGCCCUGGACGCAAGGGUGACACCGGGCCAGCCGGACAGCCAGGUCAGCGAGGGUACCCCGGCCCCCGGGGUUCAGACGGCCUCCAGGGGCCCCCCGGCUCCCCUGGAGGGGCCUCCAUCGCCCACGGCUUUCUGAUCACCCGGCACAGCCAGGCCCAGGACGUGCCCUUCUGCCCAGAUGGCACCUCGCUGAUAUACGACGGUUACUCCCUCCUCUACGUCCAGGGCAACGAGAGAGCCCACGGCCAGGAUCUGGGCACUGCUGGCAGCUGUCUGCGCAGGUUCAGCACCAUGCCCUUCAUGUUCUGCAACAUCAACAACGUGUGCAACUUCGCCUCCCGCAACGACUACUCCUAUUGGCUGUCCACCCCUCAGCCCAUGCCAAUGAGCAUGGCCCCCAUCACAGGAGAGGGUAUCAAGCCCUUCAUCAGCAGAUGUGCAGUGUGUGAGGCUCCUGCCAUGGUGAUUGCAGUGCACAGCCAGACCAUCCAGAUCCCCUCCUGUCCAGUCAGCUGGGAGCCCCUGUGGAUAGGAUACUCCUUCAUGAUGCACACCAGUGCGGGUGCGGAGGGAUCCGGCCAGGCCCUGGCCUCCCCGGGCUCCUGCCUGGAGGAGUUCCGCAGCGCCCCCUUCAUCGAGUGCCACGGCAGGGGAACCUGCAACUACUUUGGCAACUCCUACAGCUUCUGGCUCGCUACCGUGGACUCCACUGACAUGUUCAGGAAGCCCCAGUCUGAGACUCUGAAGGCUGGUAACCUGCGUACGCGUGUCAGCCGCUGCGUCGUGUGCAUGAAGAGGACGUAACGGGCAAGGCUCCGGAAAAAGCAGCCAUUGCCGGGGACGACCGUCGACGAGCUGAGGGCGGGGGGAGGGGGGGGGGGGGUGGGCUCAGAGCCGGCCGCGGAGACGAUGAUGAUGGGAAGCGGAGGGGGGGGGGGAUCGACUCUGUGGCAACAAGGUGGAAUUCCAAUGGUGCGUCAUGCUGAAACGACUUAAUAACGGUGCUACUGUUGUACACAGCGAUGGGGGGAAAAAACUGCGACGAAAAUUGUACGAUAUCUGUUCUAGUCUUUCUUUUAUUUCGUAAAAGAAGUACCUCAAAACAGCCUUUGAAAAUGAGCUACUAUAAAGGUGCCAUGACGGAUGUGUUACAACAAACGUGCAUUUUAUUUUUCACUUUAAUUUGCAUUUUAUUUUUCUAAGAAUUGUCUUUUUUUUUUUCUUUUUUUUCUUUUUUUUCUUUUUUUUUAUGUCAGAUGUGGUACUGUGGUACUGUGGUACUGUAGUACUGUGGUACUGUCAGUUCAGACAGAUGUGGUACUGUGGUACUGUGGUACUGUCAGUUCAGACAGAUGUGGUACUGUGGUACUGUGGUACUGUCAGUUCAGACAGAUGUGGUACUGUGGUACUGUGGUACUGUCAGUUCAGACAUAUGUGGUACUGUGGUACUGUGGUACUGUCAGUUCAGACAGAUGUGGUACUUUCUAGACAGACUUUCUCUUUCUUUCUUACGUUCUUCUUCCCUUACCUUUAAUUUUUUUUCUUGUCGUUUAACUAAGGAGUGGGACAACCUCACAGUGGGACAACCUCCACAGUAACCAAAUCGGCACUUUGACCUCUGCUCACACAAAAGAAGUUAUGCACUGAUAUACUUUCUCAAUAAGACACAAGUACUGCCUUCUUUUAUAGGUUUUUAGCAUAAAAAACAUGUUCUACUUUUUUUCUUUUCUUUCUUUCCAUCAUUUUUCCCCAUUUGUGUCCAUUAGGGGUAUUAACUUUGCUCCCUCCCUGUCUGCUAACUGUACGCGCUCUCUCUUGUCUUUGUAAGUAGGUAUGUGUAUAUUGUGUAAACACCGUUAUAGUGGGCAAAACGGACUAAAACAGUAACUAGAUUAUAUAAAACAGUUUUCCUGCUUUCUCUUCUUGCGUUCAAUCUUUCAAACAUACAUUGAUUCACUCGUUCAUUCACUCACACAUGCAUUGAUUCACUCGUUCAUUCACUCACACAUGCAUUGAUUCACUUGUUCAUUCACUCACACGCACUCACUCACAGGUAUUGUACAAAGUAAGGCUUUUUAUGAAACAGUAUUUUAUAUAUAUAUAAAUAUAUAUAUAUUGAAAUAAAUUGACAAAAAAAAAGAGAAAGGUUUAUGAACUUUAUUUGGCUGGCGUUGGUCGUUCUUGUUCACUCCAGAAACAUUUCAAAAUAUUCCCACCCAAUUAAAUAAACACUAAAACAACCAAACUACCGAUUUAUUUUUUGUAACAGAUUUUCUCUCUUGAAAGCCUCAACACUGUUAUGGUUACAAUCGUUAUGAUUACAAUCGUGCUAAUGAUGACUCAGAUGUCCGCUCUUUCAUUUUAGGUAGAACUUAAAUUGUCAUUUGAGGUCAACUUUUUGUUUUUCAUUAGAGAUUGAAAAAAUCUGAGAUUCCUAUCCAGAAUAUGUAUAUUGUUGAUCUGGAUUCUUUUUUUUAUUUUUUAUUUUUAAUGAUAAAACCUAAUCUGGAUUCAAUCUUAAUCUGGACUCUGUGGUUAAUGUGUGUUUCCACUUGUCUCCAGGGGCAGGCAAGUUACCGUGGUAACCUAAGGUGAUGUCAGCUGUUAGUUGUCGGGGGUGACAAUACAUUUCCUGUGAUUAAAAUCUUCCAAUCUUUUUUAUUUUAUUUUAUGUUCAUUCUGGGGUGUGCGACAAAUGUUUAUUAAUUUCAAUAUUUGUUUUCGUUUUUUUUCCCGUGUAUGUUAUCCAGAAGUUGUUAUAAACUUUUAAGAAUGAAAUAAACACAAUGUCCAAUGA